CAUCAACCUUGGCCCCAGUCUGGUUAACUCCGAUGCACGGACUAUUUGAGAGCGGCGUCAAGCAUUUAGAUCCACCGGAAUGAGUAAGAGCGGGGCGUUUGUUGCCGCUAGCGCUCGAGGCUCAGGCCAUGUCUGUUCCGUUGGUUGGCCACAGACGAUGCCGCUUACCAUUUAAUUGCCCAUCGUCACCACAACGCAUUCCAGCUUUUCCACCCACAACAUCGGCGAAGCCCACAACGAAACAUCUGCACACCCAUUUGCGCUGUCUGCUCUAUUCCGACGCGAUCGGGAUAUUCAGUGUUAAACACCGAAAGUAUGCCUAAGAACAAGGGAAAAGGUGGUAAAAACAGACGUCGUGGAAAGAACGAGAACGACAACGAGAAGCGCGAGUUGACCUUCAAGGAAGAUGGCCAAGAAUACGCCCAGGUGAUCAAGAUGCUUGGCAACGGCCGCCUCGAGGCCCUCUGCUUCGAUGGCGCAAAGCGUCUCGCUCAUAUUCGUGGCAAGCUGCGCAAGAAAGUGUGGAUCAACCAGGGCGACAUCAUCUUGUUGUCGCUGCGUGAUUACCAAGACGAGAAGGGCGACGUCAUCCUCAAGUACACCGCCGACGAGGCGCGAUCCCUGAAGGCUUAUGGCGAGCUGCCCGAGUCGGCCAAGAUCAACGAGACGGACACUUACGGACCUAAUGAGGACGGAGAGUGCAACUUCGAGUUCGACGAGGAUCGCGACUCCAGCAGUGACGAGGGUGGUGCUGCCGGCAAGGACAUUGAGAUUGACGACAUCUAAACCAGAGUUUGGAACGGCAUGGUUCACCCGGAGCCAGAGCCCUCAAGGGCUGCUUGGGCCUGGGAAAAGCUGUCUUCUCUCUCAACCCCAGUGUGUUGCUCAUAUGAUUCAUGCUGGGUUCCGCGACAGUUGGACAUGCAGGCGGAGGAGGAGGAUCGGCCAUGGUGGGAGAGACGUCAUGGUCAUUUGGGGGACCGCACACACACACAUCCUGACAUUCUCGACAAAAUUGUUUCUUGGGAUGUGGGGCAUGGUAAUGAGGAAUGAAUUCUGCGAUAGACUCAAAACACGUUUCUUUUCCCGCCAAGUACUUGAGGAAUAGUAAAGACUUGUUUCAUGUGAACCAUUGCGACGUCUACUCGAG